AACCUCUUAAACAGCUGAAGCAAGCAGACGCUCGACUUAAUAUGACCCAAGGGGUUCUUGAAGGGGUGGUUGGUGAAGAGCUAGGUGUGCUUCCAGGGAUGGAUUCAAUCUUUUCAAUGCUUGAACUCGAGAGGCUUGUUGGUUUCUUUAGGCAAGCAACCCGGAAGAACCACAAGGGGAAGACUUUUGACGUUGUGAUUUACGAUGGUAUUAGCACUGAGGAAACUCUUCGGAUGAUUGGUCUAAGCAGUAAAACAAGAUUGUAUGUGAAAUAUGUGAGAAGUUUGGCCGAGAAGACAGAUUUGGGGAGGCUAACAAGUCCUUCCAUUAUGAGAUUUGUUGAUGAAUCAAUGAACGUAAGCGGCAAUAAGUCCCCUUUCGAUGGUAUGACAACUCCUGCCAUGUGGGAUACUUUGGAACGUUUCUUGGAGACUGGCGCUUCUGCUUGGAGAGAUCCAGAGAGAUUCAGGAGUUUUCUUGUAAUGGACCCAAACAAUCCUAUGUCUGUUAAAGCUGCACUACGGUAUUGGGGUUGUACAGUACAAGCAGGAUCUCAUGCUUCUGGGGCGUUUACUAUUUCUUCUUCUCAUCUGACAUGCAAAACCCCAAUAGAAGAUUUUGUGCCUCUGCCCUUUGCUUCUGCAUCGGUUCCAUUUACUAUAAAUGGUCUGGAUUGGGACAAAAUACUGCUGGACCAAGCGAAUGCGAGUAUCCGGGAACUUCUUUCUGAAACAGUAAGGAAAGGAAGCAGCUUGACAACAACAGUAACGUUUGAUACAGCAAAGAAAUUGGUGACUCUUUUCAUGCCAGGGUUUGAGAAAUCGGAGAUCAAACUGUACCAGUACAGAGGAGGUUCUGAGCUCUUAAUAGAAGCCGGGGACCAAAGACGGGUGAUUAAUUUACCGGCUCAGAUUCAAGGAAAGGUUGGAGGAGCCAAGUUUUUGGACAGAAGUCUCAUCAUCACAAUGCGGUAAUACAUUUUAGAAGAACUAAUUUGUUCUUUUUUGUACACCAAAGAUGUGUAGUAGUCUGUCCCCAAAUCCAAUACAAACAAAAAAAAAAUGAAAGAAAACUCAAGAAGAAAAACAUUUGGGACGAUCUUGAGAUGAAUAAACAAGUUUCUCAUCA